CUCUCUCUAACCAAAACGAACCCGAAAAACCUCCGCAACAUUCUCCGAUACAAUGACGACGGCGAUGGGUCCUCCGCCGCCGCCUCCUCAGCUCUCCGAAAUCUCCACCGACUCCGAAGCCCUAGAAAACGUCCCGAUGGAGACCACUCCCCAUUCCUCAACUGAAAUGAAGCCCCCGAUGGGCCCUCCACCUCCCAAAAACCCUAGUCCUCCUCCUCCUCCCGAAAACCCUAACCCCGCGGAAGACUCCGAAACCGCGCCGCCGGAGAAAUCGAAGCAGCAAUCGCAAGGCCUCGCCGUCCCUUACUCGAUCCCUCCGUGGAGCGGAGCUCCCUGCCACCCGUUUCAGCUCGAGGUCCUCAAAGACGGCGCCAUUGUUGAUCAAUUCGACGUGUAUGAAAAAGGAGCAUACAUGUUUGGCAGGGUCGACCUAUGUGAUUUUGUUCUGGAGCACCCCACUAUCUCUCGAUUUCAUGCCGUGCUGCAGUUCAACACGAGUGGAGAUGCAUACCUUUAUGACCUUGGCAGUACUCACGGUACAUCUGUUAACAAGAAACAGGUCAGCAAAAAGGUAUAUGUAGACUUGCAUGUUGGUGAUGUCAUUCGUUUUGGGCAUUCAUCUCGUCUAUACAUUUUCCAAGGACCUUCUGAGUUGAUGCCACCAGAAAAAGACUUGAAAGUGUUAAGAGAGUACAAGAUGCAUGAAGAUAUUCUUGAUCAGCAGGCAUCACUUCAACGAGCAAGACUCGAAGCUUCUCUUGCUGAUGGCAUCUCUUGGGGUAUGGGAGAGGAUGCCAUCAUGGAAGAAGCCGAGGAUGAUGGUGAGGAAGUAACUUGGCAAACAUACAAAGGACAGCUUACGGAAAAGCAGAUUAAAACCCGUGAUAAAAUAACUAAAAGAAUGGAAAAGAUUGCUCAUAUGAAAAAGGAGAUAGAUGCUAUUCGUGCUAAAGACAUCUCUCAAGGGGGAUUGACGCAAGGGCAACAAACUCAGAUUGCUCGGAAUGAACAAAGAACAGAACAGAUUCUGGAAGAGCUUGAAAAUUUGGAAGAGACCUUGAAUGAGAGUAUACGAGAAAGUUUAGGUGCACGUGUUGGGAAGCGAUCUCAUGGUAAGAAGAAAGGAGCAAUUGAAGAAGAAGAAGAACUUUUCAGUGAUGAUGAUGAAUUUUAUGACCGGACAAAGAAGCCUUCUAGCAAAAAGGCUAGUGAAAACCCAUCAAUUGAAACCGCUGAUACUCUUCUUGAUAAGAGAGAUGCAAUCACAAAAGAAAUGGAAAACAAGAAAGAGCUGCUUUUAAAUGAGGAAAACAGGCUGGCAUUAGAAACUGCAGAUGCUACAGAUGAUGGAGACGCACUGGAUGCAUACAUGUCUGGGGUUUCAUCUAAGCUAGUGCUGGAUAAAACUGAGCAAUUGGAAAAGGAACUCUCAGAUCUCCAGUCCGAAUAUGAUAGGGUAGUCUUCCUUUUGAAGAUUGCUGAUCCAACAGGUGAAGCAGCCAAGAAAAGGGAAACAAAAGUGCUUCCCGAAAACCCUGAAACUUCUGCUGCUACCAUCAAGAAGCAACAUCCACCUAAACCAAAGAAAACCUGUCCGCCUGAAAGUUCAGGUGGCUCUAUAAAGAUAGGGGAAAGAACAGAUGUGAUUGUUGCUCCUAGCAUAAAGCUGGAGUCUGGUGAGGUUCUUGAUGAUGCAACUGAAGAAAAAAGUGUUGUGUAUACUGUUCAAAAACCCCAGUGGCUAGGAGCUGGAGUGGACAAGGUUGAGGAGAGUCAUCAAGCGGCAGCAGCACCACCUAUGAAUCUAGAGGAGUCUGAAGUAUUUGUGGACUAUAAAGACAGGAAGAAGGUUUUAAACAAUGAAGAUAACAUGGAGUCUGGGAUUGAAAAUGCUGCCCCCGGUUUGAUUAUAAGGAAACGAAAACAAGUUCCUGAAUCUGAAGGUAGAGAUGAUUCUCAUCAAGAGUCAACAUCUUCCUCCACAGGAGUUGGACUCGUGGCAGAGGAUGCUGUAGCAUUAUUGUUAAAGCACAACAAAGGCUAUUAUGCAUCAGAAGGUGGCAAUUCCUCUGAGAGCCAAGAUACUUCUCAAGAGAAAAAACAGAGCAAGGGUAAGAAGCCCAAAAAGAGAGUACUUGGUCCCGAGAGACCUUCAUUUCUUGAUAGUGAUUCUACUGAAGCAUGGGUACCUCCUGAAGGACAAUCUGGAGAUGGACGAACAUCCUUGAACGAUCGUUAUGGCUACUAAAUACUGGUGCAAAAUUUACUGCAUCCAAUCAAGUUGGAAGAAACACAAGGCGGCUAUCAGAUCAAAUGAUUUUUAUGUUUGUCUCCCAGGUUUAAAUUGCUAGUCUAGAUUAUCUUUUGAUAAUGGAGGUACAGUUGAUAACACCUUGUUGGUAAACACAACAUGACCUUGUUGUUAGGCACUGAUAGUAUUUCUCUUCAUGUUUCUUUUUUCUUUUUGGUCAGAAGUGUACAACAUAGUGUAGAAAGAUGAACACAGGCGCUCUCUGAUUUAUUACUGUAAACUCAAAAGUGGACUACCAAGAGUAUUGUGGAUAUAAUCUCAUCAG